AUGAGUUAUUCCAAUAGUAGCAUAAAACAAAAAUCCGACUCAGUAAGUGUUUAUAAUACAAGGACUGGAAACGUAAGUAAAACGAGGUUGAUUCGCCUGCAAAAUGGACACUAUAGACGGGUAGUAGAUAUUUCAAACAAAGACGAAAAAGAGAUAUUAUUUAGAACAUGCGCAUGCGCAUGCCCUACCCCUAGGAACGAAGAAACCAGAAAAACAUACAUGCCUCCCCUAAAUAAUGUGUCAACUGUCGCAUAUAGAAAAAGGAUAUAUUCUUCCUUUGGGAAUAAAGACGGCAACGAUACUGGGAACAAUGAAUCAAUUACUGAACAUGAAGAUCCUAUUAGAACUUUUUCCGAAACAACAUCGAGACAAGAAAGUACAAUAGACGACAAAACAGAGACUUCAAUUAAUAGUAAAGAAACUGAUGAUGGUAAUCAAUUUGGACGAUUAUUCGAAGAAUUAGAAGAAAAAGAAGACGAAUUAAUUGAGGAAAAAGAAGAAGAAUUGAUUGAGGAAAAAGAAGAAGAAUUGAUUGAGGAAAAAGAAGAAGAAUUGAUUGAGGAAAAAGAAGAAAUUACACCUGAAAAUAAAACAUUAAUAAUGCCUUCCAAAACAUUAAUGAAAGGAAUAAAAACUAAUAUUUACUUUUUAUCGAAUAAAGAAAAAAUUCAGGUUUUAAUGUGUUAUAAUUACAAAUGUGAUGCUGUAGUAUUUGAAAAGGACACAUUUUUAAGAUAUCUAUAUAUAAAAUCUAUUAAUAAUAUUAUAUUAAAUGAACGAAUGAUUGAGCAGUUAUGUAAAAAUGAAAACUUAAAAUAUAUACUAGCAUGCAAUUCCAUUGUUGUAGAAUCUAGCGAUUUUAUAAAACCUUUGAUUAUUGAAUUCGAAUCUUCAACGUCGAAAAACAUAUUCGUUAAACAUAUAAAACAUAAUUCACAAAAAGAAAUGGAUAUUAAUAAAUUCAAUGAAUAUAUGCGUGAUCUUAAGUCAAAUGAAAAAUUGCGUCUUAAAAAAGUUGAACGAUUUCAUUCCAUAAAUUUGGCGGCCAAAAAAUGA